AUGCAGGGUUCCAGCUGCUUCAUCCUUUCUCUCCUCCUAUUUUCUCCCAUAGUAUCUUCACUUUCUUCUGCACUUUCGGACGAAGAAGCAUCAGUAAUUGCUGAGGGCCAAUUCUCAACCCUUCCUGAAAAUGACUUACCUGAUGAUUUUGAGUUUAAUGUAGACGUUAAAGUUGAAUGUCCCAAUCAAAGGCUUCGACGUGCCUACAUUGCGCUCCAAGCUUGGAAAAAUGCCAUACAUUCUGAUCCUUCAAAUUUUACAGGCAAUUAAGGACCUGAUGUUUGCAGCUACAAUGGUGUAUUUUGCGCAACUGCCCUUGAUGAUCCAAAUACAACAGUUGUAACCGGCGUCGAUCUCAACCAUGCUGAUAUUGCAGGCUACCUUCCUGUUGAAUUGGGAUUGUUGAAAGAUGUAGCUCUUCUUCAUCUGAAUUCCAAUCGUUUUUGUGGGAUUGUUCCCAAAAGUCUGUCCAAGCUCGCAUUAUUGCAUGAGUUGGACAUAAGCAACAACAGAUUUGUCGGCCCUUUCCCUAAAUCAGUCCUUUCGACGCCUAGGCUUAUACUCCACAUCAGGUUCAACAAUUUUGAGGGAGAGCUACCUCCUCGACUUUUUGACAAAGAUCUUGAUGCAUUAUUCCUGAAUAAUAAUUGGUUCAAUUCACAUAUUCCUGAGAAUCUCGGGAAAUCCAGUUCUGUGGUGGUAUUUGCAAAUAACAAGUUCAAAGGCUGCAUUCCGUCUAGCAUUGGUAACAUGACAAACACCUUGGAUGAAAUUAUAUUCUUGAAGAAUGAACUUUGGUGUUUGCCAUCAGAAAUCGGACAGCUGAGGAAUACAACUGUCGUCGAUGUUUCAUUCAAUUCAUUCUCUGGCAUCCUGCCGAGGACAUUCAGUGGCCUUGAAAAGGUCGAGUUCUUGGAUCUUUCUCACAAUAUGUUGACAGGCUUUGUUUCUGAUGCCGUUAGCCAGUUGCCAAGUUUGUCAAACUUCUCAUUUGCAUACAACUACUUCAACGGAGGAAAAGCCUGCGUGCCAAAUUCUAGGAAAGAUAUUCCAGUGGAUGAUACAAGCAACUGUUUGCCAGACAGACCGAAACAAAAGUAGAAAGAAUGCAAUCCUGUGGUGAGCAAGCCGGUUGAUUGUAGCAAGGCCAAAUGUGGUGCGUCAAAACCUUCGCAUAAAGAAAGCCCCGCUGGAGGUCUAAGCCGCCAAAACCACAGCCUAAACCAUCACCAAAUCCACCAAAAUCGCCUCAACCAAAGCCUAAUCCUCCGCCAGUCGUAA